AUGAAUCAAACACAAAAUCAACAAUCAGUAUGGCUUCACUCAAACCAAUCUAUUCAAUUGAUAUGCACCACAUCAUCAUGGAGUAAACCAUUGGGAAAGAUAAAGUGGUCAAUAAAUAAUGAUCAUGAUGACAUAUUUGACGAUAUUGAUGAUAACAAUAAAUCAAUAAAUGCCGAUUUGUCAUCUCGUGUUUCACAUUCAUUUGACUUUCAUUUAAAACGUAAAUUCCCCUUUGAUCAUCAUUUACAUGGACUUAUGAAUAAACAGGUGAAAACAGAAGAAGAAAAAGAAGAGGAAUUAUUGAGCUGGUUAAAUUCAGCUCAUUGUGAUUCAAAUUAUAAAUUAUUGAAUAAUAAUAAUAGUGUACAGUGUACAGGUCAAUUAUUGGAAUUUAUUCAAUCUACAGAUGCAACACCAGAUUAUCAGCUGUACCGAAGCUGGUCUAUACUGAAUCUCACUUUCCACGGAACUAUGAUUGAUGAAAUUCCAAUCAAAUGUUCGCUGGGCAAUACAAACGACUUUCGUGUGGAUAGUAUCCACAGGGUGAAUAAUGUAAAUGUGAGAGAUUCCUUGAAUACCGAUGAGAAUAUAGUAGUACAUUCGGAUAGUGAAAUAAACUCUCUACCAUCUCAACUAUUAACUAUAAAUGUUAUACAUAAGUUUCUUCAUUAA